AGUAGGUUUGCAGUUUGAUACGGUUGGGCUCUUCACAAAAGAAAAGAAGGGAGGUAUAUACCGGUCAUUUCUGGAAGAGAGUAGAUCCCUGUUCGGGGAUUGCAUCUAUGUGUCUAGUAUCUACUAGUUACAGGUUGAAAAAUGGUUGUAGAAGUACGGUGUCCUAUUCUCUGUACAGAGCGAGCGAACGAGCCAGCGAACCAACCAACCAACCAACCAACCAACCAACGAACAAACAAACGAACAAACGAGCGAGAGAACGAAGGCGUGAGCAAGCGUAAACCAAAGCAUACCAAGGCAUACCAAAGACCAUCUAUCUAUCUAUCUAUCUACUAGUAUACUCAGCCCACUGAUUCCGCUUCAACCUGUGAUAUACAUGC